UGUAUUACGCAGCUAUGACGACUUCAUGGGUUCAGCCAAAAAUGUGAUAAGUGAAUCUGUUGAUGUAGAGGACAAAUACAACAUGAUGGCUUCUUUCCAACGCUCUAAUAGUCACGACAAAGUCAGGAAAAUUGUAGCGGAGGAGGGACGCACUGCAAGGAACUUGAUUGCAUGGAGCGUGCCGCUGGAGAACAAAGAGGAUGACGGAAAACCAAAGUGGCAGGUGGGAGGAAAAUCAAAGAGGCUAAACCAAGGAACACACAAAAUUAGCAAACAGAGCACAGCAUCAGAUUGCAAAAUCACACCAGCCUCCGGGGAGAAGACCUUCUACAAAAGCCCCACCAAGACAAGACAGCCACGGAAAGUCGACCUCCGAGCACGAUACUGGGCUUUCCUUUUCGACAAUCUAAGGCGUGCAGUGGAUGAAAUCUACGUCACUUGUGAAUCGGAUCAGAGUGUUGUAGAAUGCAAAGAGGUGUUGAUGAUGUUAGACAACUACGUGCGAGAUUUCAAAGCCUUAAUAGAUUGGAUUCAGUUGCAGGAGAAGUUGGAGAAAGCUGAUGCUCAAAGCAGGCCAACCUCACUAGCAUGGGAAGUAAAGAAGAUGUCUCCAGGGCGCCAUGUUAUUCCGAGCCCAUCGACCGACAGAAUCAGCGCGACAUCCAAUGCCCGAAGAAGUCUCAAUUUCGGAGCACCUCCUGCGACAGUUACUUCUAAUCGUCUGACUCCUUCUGGGGUCAGCUGGGCAGACAAAGUGAAAGCAAGCCAUCCAGGAGCAGCUUCCCAUUCAGAGGAGGUAGCGACGCAGGCCUGCGUUCCAACUGCAGCACAGAAGCCAUCCCGCAGAAAUGAGAGAAAGGAUGCUGAAGGCUGGGAGACAGUCCAGCGUGGGAGGCCAGUGAGAUCCAAAUCUUCUGCUUCAGUCCCCAAAACCACUUCGUCUGCAGAAUUAUCACGGUUUAAGGAUGACAGUGACAAAGAAAACUUAAUUCUUCAUCCACUGGUAAAUAAACAGAAGGGUUUAUUAAGCGAAGACUGCAUAUCCAAAAAUAUAGAUCCCAUCCUGAAAGAUUCUUGCCAUCAGUGUGAACGUCCGCUUGCAGAAAGGACUCAGUUCACAGCCCGUGUGUUUGAAGACAUCAAGGUCUCUGAGAAGAACAUUGGCUUGUCAGGUGGACCUUUCCAACCAUCUUCCGAAGUGCCACUUGUUCUCGUAGAUGUCGAAUGCAACUCCAAGAGUCCAGUGGUGGAUGACAUAACCUCCAUCGUUUCAAAAUGUGAUGAAGGGACUGAAGCAGAAAAAACCAAGAGUGAAAGUGAAAUGGAUCCUGCUGACAUUUCAAAUUCCAUGGCAGAGGUGCUUGCUAAAAAAGAGGAGUUAGCAGAUCGCUUGGAAAAAGCCAACGAAGAGGCCAUCGCAAGCGCCAUUGCAGAAGAAGAGCAGUUAACAAGAGAGAUUGAAGCAGAGGAGAACACCGAUAUCAACCUAGAAACGGACAACGACAGUGAUUUCUCUGCCAGCCUGGGCAGUGGGAGUAUAUCUUUCUGCGGCAUUUCCAUGGACUGGAAUGACGUCCUGGCGGAUUACGAAGCUCGUGAAUCGUGGCGUCAGAAUAAUUCCUGGGGUGACAUAGUGGAAGAAGAACCAGCUCGCCCACCUGGCCACGGAAUACACAUGCAUGAGAAACUUUCUUCCCCUUCUCGCAAGAGGACAAUUGCAGAAUCGAAGAAGAAGCAUGAAGAGAAGCAGAUGAAGGCUCAACAGCUAAGAGAGAAGCUCCGCGAAGAGAAAACUCUAAAGCUUCAGAAAUUAAUGGAAAGGGAAAAAGAUGUGAAAAAAUGGAAAGAAGAAUUGUUGGAUCAGAGGCGAAGGAUGAUGGAGGAAAAAUUGCUCCACGCAGAGUUUAAACGUGAAGUGCAGUUGCAAGCAAUUGUCAAAAAAGCCCAAGAGGAAGAAGCUAAGGUGAAUGAAAUUGCAUUCAUAAACACUUUGGAAGCCCAGAAUAAGCGCCACGAUGUUUUGUCCAAACUAAAAGAAUAUGAGCAAAGGCUGAAUGAAUUACAGGAAGAGCGCCAACGAAGGCAGGAAGAGAAGCAAGCCCGCGACGAAGCUGUGCAGGAACGGAAGAGAGCUUUGGAAGCUGAGCGCCAGGCCCGGGUAGAAGAAUUGCUAAUGAAGAGGAAAGAACAAGAAGCUCGGAUUGAGCAGCAGAGGCAAGAGAAGGAGAGAGCCCGGGAAGAUGCAGCUCGUGAACGGGCCAGAGAUCGGGAAGAGAGGCUAGCUGCUCUGACUGCAGCUCAACAAGAAGCCAUGGAGGAGCUCCAGAAAAAGAUCCAGUUGAAGCACGAUGAGAGCAUUCGGAGGCACAUGGAGCAGAUAGAGCAGAGGAAAGAAAAAGCUGCUGAAUUAAGCAGCGGUAGGCAUGCAAAUACGGACUACGCACCUAAACUCACACCAUAUGAGCGAAAGAAGCAGUGUUCGCUGUGCAAUGUUGUGAUUUCCUCGGAGGUGUAUCUCUUUAGCCACAUUAAGGGGAAAAAGCAUCAACAAGCCGUGAGAGAAAACAGCAGCAUCCAAGGCCGAGAGCUCUCAGAUGAAGAAGUGGAGCACCUGUCGUUAAAGAAGUACAUUGUGGAUAUUGUGAUAGAAAAUGUUCCUUUUCCCCUUAGGGCAAAGGAGUAUGAAAACGUAAUGGAAUCAAAAAACGUCUCCUGUGAGUCUCCAUACAAAUCAAAGUUACAACGACUGGUGAAAGAUUUGCUGAAGCAGCUUCAAAUUCAGGAUGGUAACAAAAUCUCCGCUCUGGAUAGGAUUUUGGGCGAGAUUUCACGAAUCCUGGAAAAAGAGAAUGUGGCAGAUCAGGUCGCAUUCCACGUCGCUGGUGGGUUUUCCGCUCUGGAACAAGUCCUUCAAGUGGCGACAAUGUCCAACAACUUGAACACCGUUUCAAGAAUCCCUAUGAAAUCACUCUGUAGUACGAUAAGCGCCUAUCAUCUGGCCUGCAAUAACUGUGUGGAAAAUUGCACCUAUGUUCUGUUCAGCAACAAGAUUAUUUUUUUAACGGAUCUAUUGAUGCACCAGUUAAUGGUAUAUGUCCCAGAUGAUCAUAAUGCUACCUCAGGAAGAGCAAUUAACAAACAAGUCUUUGAAGGUCUAAUAACUGGAGUGCUAAGAAUCUUGGCUGUGGUGUUUGGAUGUCUGAUGUCCAGUGUACCUAACAGUAAUAACCAGAUCUGUGCACCAAAAUUGAUUCAAGAAAUGAAAAACAAGACCUCACAAGCUGAAGUUUUUAACAACAGGAUACAAGAUCUAAUCAGCUACAUGGUGAACAUUGGAUUAAUUGAAAAGCUGAGCUGCUGCUUUCUCUCUAUCCAAGGCCCAAUUGAUGAAACACCCAAAACAGCUGCUUUCUUGCAGAACUCCACAGCAGCCUUGCAUGGAAUGUGUCAGCUGUGUUUCACUGUCAAUGGCAGGUCAGGAAGCAUCUUUGCUGAUGCCCAUCAGGAUCCCACGGGGCUGACGGCAGCUUUCGAGGCCACAGACCUGGUGGGCGUCCUGCACAUGCUGUACUGCGUCCUCUUCCACGGCACCCUCGUAGACCUGAGCGUGACCAGCCCCAAGGAGAGUUUCACGGCAAACACCAUCCAAGUGGCUCUCCAGAGUUUACGCUUCUUCAAUAGCUUUGCUCUGCUUGAUCUGUCAGCUUUUCAGUCCGUGGUUGGCGCUGAAGGACUCUCCCUCGCAUUCAGGCACAUCAUCAGCUCCUUGCUAUGGCACUGUUCCCACCACACCUGCGAAGUGCUGCUCCACGAAGUCAUUGUGUGUGUGGGCUACUUCACCGUCAACCAUCCAGACAACCAGAUAAUUGUGCAAUCCGGCCGCCACCCCACCGUGCUCCAGAAGCUGUGUCAGUUGCCUUUCCAGUAUUUUAGCGACCCACGUCUCAUCAAAGUCCUCUUUCCGACCCUCAUUGCUGCUUGUUACAAUAACCCACAGAACAAGAUCAUUCUGGAGCAAGAAAUGAGUUGUGUGUUGUUGGCCACGUUCAUUCAGGAUUCUACGCAAGGCUCAAGCCAAACAGAUAACCAGCCUUCGCCACCAAGGGAAGCCUUCUUUGGUUCUCAAGAUUACUUGGAGCUGUCAAACAGGUUCCCUCGGCAGACCUGGGAAGACGCCCGGCAGUUCUUCUUGAAGAAGGAGAAGAAAUGAUCAUUUAUUUUGGUUUCUCAAAGAUGGUUUUUUGUCGUUGAAGCCAUUCUUGUUUUCUUGAAGAUGACGUUGGGGAGUUUCUUCGAUACUGAAAAUGCAUAUACUGUAGAUAACUAUACGUAGAGAGAGGUAUAUAUUUAAAGAUAUGUAAUUUGCACUACUUCUGUCUGAAGACUUGUACAUACUUUGAAAUCCUGUUUAAUUGUUUUGGAAUUUUGGAAAACAAAGGUUUCUUUUAUUAUUAGCAUAUCCUCUUUCUCCAAUCUGGCAUCUCCAGAUGACAUUACAACUCCUGGCAUUUUGUAGCUAGCACGGGAGUUGUGAUCUGGCAUACGUGCUGAAUGACAGAUGGAUGAAAGCUAUGCUGCUCCGCAGGAAGAGGUCAGAAAAGUCAAGAUGGCGACCACAACCACAUAAUCAAAGCCCCGCCCCUUUUUAUACAUGUGUCUGUGGCGACAUCUUGACUUUUUUGACUUUCUCCUGCAGACACCCUUGCCACGGAUCCUUGUAUCCUGUUUCCCCAUAGAGUAGUCUAUUUGGCAUUGUAAUGCUGCUAAAACUAUGCUCUAAAUCGGUGUUUUUCAAACUUGGCAACUUUAAGAUGUGUAGAUUUCAACUCCCAGAAUUCCCCAGCCAACAUGCUGGCUGGGAAUUUUGGGAGUUGAAGUCCACCCAUCUUAAAAUGGCCAAGUUUGAAAAACACAGCCCUAAAUAGAGACCAGCCAAUGAGCGUUUCUACUUCUGUUCCUUUCCUUUCAGUAAAUUCUUCCUGGUCUCCUGUUCUAGAGACCUCGUCCUAAAGCAAUUUAUUCUGUUUAGCUGUCUGUUUUGUAUAACUUUUGGUAUAAAAGCUCCUGAUGUUUUCAGUCUUUUAAGAAGCACAACAUUCUCAAUGUAGAUAAUAAGCUAUGGGAAUUUCACCCCAACGUGAGAAUAUUUAAGCCAUUUGGGGCACGGGUUCCAGUUUACUUUAAAUUUUGUGGGCAUGUUGCAAAUGAGCAGGACAUUUUGAUAAUGGCCGUUUUCAGUCGUCUGUAAGUGGUGAUUUUCACUAAGUUCAUUAAAAGAAAUGUUGG